AUGGCUCAGAACCAGCUGGACCGAGAGAAAUUCUGCUGUUCUAUCUGUCUGGAUCUGCUGAAUGAUCCGGUGACUGUUCCCUGUGGACACAGCUACUGCAUGAAGUGCAUUAAAACCCACUGGAAUAAAGAGGAUGAGGAGAGAGACUACAGCUGCCCUCAGUGUAGGAAGACCUUCACACUGAGGCCUGUCCUGGGGAAGAACACCAUGUUAGCAGAUUUAGUGGAGGAGCGGAAGAAGACUGGACUCCAAGCUGCUCCUGCUGAUCACUGCUAUACUGGACCUGAAGAUUCUAUCUGUUAUCUCUGCUCUGUGGAUGAACAUAAAGGCCACGACACGGUCUCAGCUGCAGCAGAAAGGACUGAGAGGCAGAGAGAGCUCGAGGGGAGUCGACUAAACAUCCAGCAGAGAAUCCAGGACGGAGAGAAAGAUGUGAAGCUGCUUCAACAGGAGGUGGAGGCUAUCAACGGCUCCGCUGAUAAAGCAGUAGAGUAUAGUGAGAAGAUGUUCACUGAGAUGAUCCGUCUCAUGGAGAAAAGACGCUCUGAUGUGAAGCAGCGGGUCAGAUCCCAGCAGGAAACUGAAGUGAGUCGAGCCAGAGAGCUUCAGGAGAAGCUGGAGCAGGAGAUCACUGAGCUGAAGAAGAGAGACGCUGAGCUUCAGAAGCUGUCACACACAGAGGACCACAACCAGUUUCUACACGACUACCCCUCACUGUCAGCACUCAAAGGACGGAUCAUGAUGCUGGAUGAGUUUGUUGAGUCAGUGAGGUACUUUCAGGGUGUGACAGCGGCUGUGUCAGCAGUCAGAGAUAAACUACAGGACGCUCUGAAAGAGGAGUGGACAAAGAUCUCACAGACAGGGACUGAAGUGGAUGUUUUACUGUCACAACUAGAACCAGAGCCCAAGACCAGAGAUGAGUUCUUAAAAUACUCACAUGACAUCACACUGGAUCCAAACACAGCAAACACACAGCUGUUAUUAUCUGAUGGGAGCAGAAAAGCAACAUAUAUGGGUCCCACUCAGUCUUAUUCUGGUCACCCAUACAGAUUCACUGGUCAUCCUCAGGUCCUGAGUAGAGAGAGUCUGACUGGACGUUGUUACUGGGAGGUGGAGCGGAGAGGAAUAGUUUAUGUAGCAGUCGCAUACAAGAAUAUCAGCAGAGCAGGGAGCUCUAUUAAAUGUGUGUUUGGACACAAUGACAAAUCUUGGGCUCUAUAUUGUUCCAACAACAGUUAUAACUUUAGGUACAACGAUGUCAUGACUCCUGUCUCAGGUCCUCAGUCCUCCAGAGUAGGAGUGUACCUGGAUCACAGAGCAGGUAUUCUGUCCUUCUACAGCAUCUCUAAAACCAUGACUCUCCUCCACAGUGUCCAGACCUCCUUCACUCAGCCUCUACAUGCUGGACUCUUGAUUGGUUAUUCUUCAUCAGCUGAGUUGUGGAGGCUGAAAUAG